AGGAUUGGAGGAAACAAGGAAGAAAUGAAGGAAGUUUGGACUGAAUUGAGGGUAAGAUGAAAAUAAAAGAAGAAGACGGGAAGUAAAUGAGGAAGGAUUGAAGUGAGGAAGAUAACAUGAAAUCACAUAAUGAAGUGGUCAGAAUAAGGGAAGAAAGAACUAAGGAAGAAUGGAAAAAAGGAACGUAGAAAUGUGGGAAAAAAGAAGGGGAAAUCAAAGAGGAAAAGAAGGAAGAUUUUUCUUCCAUGUCCUGCAUCAUGUUGCUCUGCGUGUUGUUGAAUAAGGAUGUGAUAUUCUGUGCAAACUGUUUAUAAAAACUGUUCAAACUCUAACGCACGUUGACGUGGAGUGUUUUCCAUCUUUGGAGACACGCUGAGCUGAAGGAGCUCGUCUUCCUCCUCUGGCGGUGCCACUGCUUUCGAUGCGUCUCCAAAAUGCGCACCACCAGUCUGCAGCAGCACCAGCAUCAUCAUCAUCAUCAUCAGAAUCAGCAGCAGCAGAAUCAGCAGCAGAAUCAGCAGCAGCAGCAGCAGCAGAGACGCAGACCACCUGCCAGGCGUCAGGCUGCUGUGCGCUCUUUCCGCUCAGUCUGCCUCCAACAGGUGGAUGGACGAGUGGAGUGAAGCAGAACCUCAGAGAAACUGCGGCUGUGGUGGAGGCAGCUGUGAUCCAUCCACGGAGGAAACUUCGCCGCUCGAUUCCACCGCCUGGAUUUGGUUUUUUGUUUUUGUUUUUUCUUGCGCCGUGAAGACCGACUGCGGUGUGCGCCAAGCUGCGUUUUUAUUCUCUCUCCCCCCUCCUCUGAUCCUUUUCCUUUCCUCCUCCAAAAACGGCCCAAUGAUCGUCGUGAUCCAAACCCAACACAUGUGGAUGUACAACAUGGAAAGUCACAAGUCCAAGAAAUGAGAACGGAGAAAUGAAAGCCGACUCAAAGCCAAGAAGAUAAUGCGUUCUCUGUGAUCCUCGCUGCAGCUUUUCCUCGUGUGAAUGAUGGAACGUUCAAGAAGUUUAAAGCCUCUCCUUCUUACGUGGCUCUUGUGGAUUAUUCUUUCCUGAAGGAUGAGCACCGAGCUCCAGGAGAGUUCCAAUGUCCAGCAUCCUAAAGUGUGAAGCCCCCCGGCCCAGCCCAGCCCAGCAGUGAUCGCGGUGCUGAAGCCCAGGAAGAUGUCACAGCUUUACUAUCGGAGGCCCGACAGCUCCUCGUACCGGGACCGCAUCCCGCUGAGAAUAGUGCGGGCCGAGUCGGAGCUGUCGCCCUUGGAGAAAGCCUACCUUGGAGCCGUUGAGAAGGGAGACUACGCCAGCGUCAAACAUGCACUGGAGGAAGCAGAGAUCUACUUCAAGAUCAACAUCAACUGCAUCGACCCUCUCGGCCGCACCGCUCUGCUGAUCGCCAUCGAAAACGAGAACCUGGAAAUCAUCGAACUCCUGCUGAGCUUCGGCGUCUACGUCGGCGAUGCCCUGCUGCACGCCAUCCGCAAGGAGGUGGUGGGGGCCGUGGAGCUGCUGCUGAAUCACAAGAAACCCAGCGGUGGUAUGCAGGUUCCUCCGAUCCUAUUGGACAAGCAGUUCUCUGACUUCACCCCUGACAUCACUCCCAUCAUCCUGGCUGCUCACACCAACAACUAUGAAAUCAUCAAGCUGCUGGUGCAGAAAGGAGUGUCUAUGCCGCAGCCACAUGAGGUCCGCUGUAACUGCGUGGAGUGCGUGUCCAGUUCAGACGUGGACAGCUUGCGACACUCCCGCUCUCGCCUCAACAUCUACAGAGCUCUGUCCAGCCCCUCCCUGAUCGCUCUCUCCAGCGAGGAUCCGUUUCUCACGGCGUUCAGACUCAGCUGGGAGCUGCAGGAGCUCAGCAAGGUGGAGAACGAGUUCAAGUCAGAGUACGAGGAGCUCUCGCAGCAGUGCAAACAGUUCGCCAAGGACCUUCUGGACCAGACACGGAGCUCCAGAGAACUGGAGAUGAUCCUCAACUACAGAGACGAUACCAACCCGUUGGACGAGGAGGGCAACAGUGACCUGGCCAGACUCAAACUGGCCAUUAAGUACCACCAGAAGGAGUUCGUCGCUCAGCCAAACUGUCAGCAGCUGUUGGCGUCUCGCUGGUACGACGAAUUCCCCGGCUGGAGGCGGCGACACUGGGCAGGAAAGUUCGUCACCUGCAUCUUCAUCGGCCUCCUCUACCCCGUGUUUGCUCUGUGCUACCUCAUCGCCCCCAAGAGCCGCUACGGCUUCUUCAUCCGUAAGCCCUUCAUCAAGUUCAUCUGCCACACGGCGUCGUACCUGACGUUUCUCUUCCUGCUGCUCCUGGCCUCCCAGCACAUCGUCAACACAGAGCAGGACAGACAGGACAGACAGGGGCCGGCGCCCACCACGGUGGAGUGGAUGAUUCUGCCCUGGGUGCUGGGAUUCAUCUGGGCAGAAAUCAAACAAAUGUGGGACGGUGGUUUCCAGGAUUAUGUCCACGACUGGUGGAACCUCAUGGACUUUGUCAUGAACUCCUUAUAUUUGGCCACCAUCUCCCUGAAGAUUGUAGCCUACACAAAGUACAGUGGCAGUCGACCCAGGAACCAGUGGGAAAUGUGGCACCCCACCCUGGUGGCGGAGGCCGUCUUCGCCAUCGCUAACAUCUUCAGCUCCCUGCGUCUGAUCUCCCUCUUCACGGCCAACUCCCACCUGGGCCCCCUGCAGAUCUCUCUGGGGAGGAUGCUGCUGGACAUCCUCAAGUUCCUCUUCAUCUACUGUUUGGUUCUUCUGGCCUUCGCUAACGGGCUGAACCAGCUCUACUUCUACUACGAGACCAAGGCCUCGGACGAGAAGGGGAAAUGUAAGGGCAUCAGAUGUGUAGAGCAGAACAACGCCUUCUCCACGUUGUUUGAGACACUGCAGUCUCUCUUCUGGUCCAUCUUUGGCCUGAUCAGCCUGUACGUGACCAACGUGGUCCCGGACCACCAGUUCACAGAGUUUGUGGGAGCCACCAUGUUCGGCACCUACAACGUGAUUUCACUGGUGGUUCUCCUCAACAUGCUGAUCGCCAUGAUGAACAACUCGUACCAGCACAUCGCCGACCACGCUGACAUUGAGUGGAAAUUUGCCCGGACCAAGCUGUGGAUGAGCUACUUCGAGGAAGGGGCCACUCUGCCGGCACCGUUCAACAUCAUCCCCAGCCCCAAAUCAUUCUGGUACCUCAUGUGUUGGAUCAAGAAGCAGAUCUGCAAGAGGACGAGGUCCAAACAACCGGAGACCUUUGGUUUUUUACAGAGACGAGCAGCAGAGAAUGUGAGGAUAAACCACCAGUAUCAGGAGGUGCUGAGGAACUUGGUGAAACGAUACGUGGCAGCCAUGAUCCGAGACGCGAAGACUGAAGAAGGUCUGACUGAAGACAAUUUCAAGGAACUCAAACAGGACAUCUCCAGUUUUCGGUACGAGGUGAUGGGAAUGAUGAAGACGGGGAAGCCCGGCCUGCAGGCGGCCAAGGCGAGCUGCAGCUCCGUGGACUCCAGCCUGGCCUACUCCAACUCAUCUCUGAAGGUUUCCUCCUGCCCACAGGGGGCGCAGGUGAAAAGUAACAGAUUCAAAAUGAUCACCUCCAUCCUGAAGCAGGGCAGUUCCACAGCUUCGCCCAGACCCCCCGAGACCCUCAACGGUCUUCCCAACGGACUCCUGCCUCUGAUUCUUGACGACAGCCGGAGUGAAAAGAACAGCAAGAGGAGGAGCGUCUCCAAAGACGUCACCGACUUUGGUUUGUUCCAGAAACGCCACUGGAGCGCCAGUGACGCCACAUUGGGAGAAGGCGAGACAUCGAGGAUGAUGUACUCCUUGUCAGAGGAGGAAGGGGAGUCUGGGGGCUUGGACACUGAGGAAGGGAUUAAAGAUCAUCCGGCUGUGGGUGAGGACGAGGGGGACGUCGUACAGGGUGAAACUGUGGGAAAACCUCCAGAAUCUGUGGCAGCGACUGGAGACAGUCAGGUUUCAGACACUAACAGCUGCCUGGAGGAGAACAAGGAGAAAAUGAACUGAGGAGUUAAAGACCUCGACCCAGUAGCUGAGGGAUGUGCACAGGAGUCAACGUAACGAUGACAUCACUGCAGAUCACACUGUGCUGGACUGGAGCCGGAGAGCGACAAUCAACGUGAGCUUUAAGUCAGAAAGUGAUGCCUGCCUCGAAAACGUCUUUGUUUGGUUUGUUGUUUCUUCACAAAUGAUCAGUUUUGACUCAGGGAGGUCUUUGGUUCAGAUUCAGUUACAAACCCAGUUUUAGGAGGCAGUCGGUUUUUCUUCCUCACAAUUCUUCACUAUUCUAUUAUUUCACAGGCAAAAGGACAAAGGAAAAACAACGGAACGCCCAAAAGUUCUAUGACAUUUCUUCCCAGCCUGGGAUCAAUAAAGUACGUCUAUCUAUUUAAAGAAAAUAUCAUGAAAAUAAAAAAAGCAAUUUAUCUUUGUACAGCGCUAGGCACAAGGUAAAAAAACUAACAAACUUCUUUGUCUGUAAUACACAUAAUUUCAAACAGAUAUUCAUUUUAAGUACAAGAAAGAACACCAGGUGGCGCUGAAUUCAAAUCUGCUUUCUUUUAAAAAUUUGAAUUUUACUUUUGUUGGUGAAAAACCUGAUUAAAGGGGAAAAAAACUACUUCACUACCCGACUACACGACUUCAUCUUCUACUACUAUAACGUUCCUCAACUUUGAAUUUCCAAAGUUUGUUCAACACUGUGGAGAGAAACUGUCAUCGACCUUUUUGAA